AUGACGACCGUCAACCGCCCAACAAAUGUCAAGCAAAAAGAGGCCGAUGUGAAUCAAAAGCUUCAGCUAUAUGGCAUCUACUCAGCCUUCGCAAAUGGCAAAGUCCCAUCGAACAAACAAAUUGAUGUUGCCCUGAACUCCGCCGUCGCAUCCAAAGCCCUGUCCAGUCCCUCGCCCAAGCUCUCGGAAGAAGGCCGUCAUCUUGUGGCUGACCUUCGCAAUGUCAUCGAGCAAGCCAAGGUCUUGCUUCUGACCAAGAAUGAGGGCAACCUGUUGCAAGAUUUCAUCUACCAAACUGGCCAGGUCUCUGGUGGCCAAACCAAGCUGCCAGGAGCACCAAUCGAUAGAAACACCGCUCAGCAGCACGGCAACCAGGCUCUUGAAGGUCUGAGGACGCUCGGCACGCUUGUACUCUCCAACGGUCAAUUCCGGAAGCUCUUGAGUGACGCUUCCGUCCUGCUCCGCGACAUCGCUGGUGACGCCGCCCAGAAAACCGCCACCAAGAUCAACCCAUCCGAAGAUGCCUUAAACCAGAUUGACGAUCCAGCCGAUGAUAAUACGUGGCACGAUGUCCCUAACUUGAGCGCUUCCAACCUCAAGUCUCAAGCCAAGGACCAAUACAACAAGCAGAAGCCAUUUUCUCGUAAUGAUGUGCAAAAUGCAGCUGGAGAUGCCACCCAAUCUGCCCACCCAUCGGGAUCUCGUGACCCUGCAGAUGCUGCGGCGCUCGAAGCCGAGUCCCGGGAUCAGGGAACUGAGUCGGACAUGGAUCCUCGCGCCGGUGCCAAUAAUGCGGCGAGCAACCUUCGUGAUCAAGCUUCGGCGAACGUUCCAGACGAGACCAAGGACAAGGCCAAGGACAAGGCGCGCGAUGGCCGUGAUAGGACCAAGAACUACAUGAGGGAAAAGGUGCCAAAGGAGCGUCGGGAUCAAACCAUCUUUCGCUUGAAGAAGAUGAUAGUUGAAAUACAGAGUCAUUCAGACUACCAGCAGUCGGUUGAGACACUUCUCUCUCUUGCCGAGGAGUACGGAGGACACAGCAAGAACCUUUCUCAACAGGGUGCAGGAACCGUCAAAGGUGCACAUAGCGAUACCGCUUUGACGUCCGCUGAGACUGAUUUAAAGACUUUACUCGAGCGCUUCGCCAACUCUACAUCGGCCGACGAUCUCGUUGACUCGAUCAAUGCCGUCUACCGUGAUGCUGACAAGGAUCCCGAGCUCAAAGGAUGGUUCAAGUCAAUAGACCGCUACGUGCGCAAAUGCCUGAAGGAGUCUGGCUUCAUCAUGCAAGACCGUGCGACCGAAGAAUGGAAUGACCUGUCCGACAAGGGCAACUUCCUCCUCAAAGAGCGCUACCGCGACCACACCAACCGCGUUCUCGAUGAGUUCAAGUUCUUCGGCCAACAGUUCGACGAAGAUGCACAGAACCGUCGCUUCGCCGAGUCUAUGCAAAAGUUGUUCAACGACCUCGGCAAUGACCAAAAUGGCAAGCCCACUUUCAAGCCGCACCUUCUUAAGGAUCUUAGCACUGUAAUCGUUCCUAGUAUCUUUGAGAGCGUGCGUUACGUGCCUGUCCCUAGGAUCGAGUACACCGACCCUAUGAUCGACGCCAUCAUUGAGAACUUGGUCAUCGAGAGCGACAACCUUGCACCCAACUCGUUCGAAUUCAGUAGCGACAAUUACUUCCGCUGGGGACGCAAGACCGUCACCAGCAAGAACAAGAGUAAGGUCAUGGUCUCGGUAUCUGGCGUUCAGAUGGACUUGAAAGACGUCAGCUAUUACGUCCACAAGAAACAAGGUUUCCCCUCUCUCAAGGACACUGGUGUUAUGGACAUUUUUAUGGGUGGCUCAGGUUUCAGCUUCAAGAUAGCUAUGGAGACUGCGGACAAGUCUGACCGUCAGCACUUCUUCAAGAUUAACACCGUCACCGUCGACAUCAAGAGCCUUACCAUCAAGUUGAAGCAAUCCAAGCACAAGACCCUCUUCAACCUCUUCAGACCGUUGAUGUUCGCCGUUCUUCGACCCGCUGUUGGCAAGGUUCUUGAGAAGUUGAUCAAGGAUCAAGUGCACAACGCCGAUGCCAAAGCGUAUGCCAUUUACCAAGAGGCCGACAAGGCCGGCCGCGCUGCGCAGAACGACCCGGAGAACGCGCCAAACAUUUACAGCCGCUAUGUUACCGCCGCCCAGAACAAUUUCACCAAGAAACAACAGAAGGCUCAAGACGCCGCUGCCGAUAAGAAGGCUAACGUUGCCAUGACCCAGAUGGACUCCAUCUUCCCUGAGAUCAAGCUACCAGGCGGCAUCUCAUCCAAGGCCACCGAGUACAAGCAACUUGCUGCCAAGGGCGACAAAUGGGAGUCACCUAUCUUUGGCAUUGGUUCAGCAGCUGAGACUAGAAACCUUCCUACCAUUGCCAAGGUUGGCCGAAAGCCACACAAUGCCGCCUCGGGUGGUGUGAAAGGUGCCCAGAAUCUUGAGGCGGGCCAAUCUACCUUCGGUCAAGCUCAGCCAAGAAGUGAGCAGGGCUACGGCCAGAGUGGUCAGGGUUACAGCCAGGGUGGUCAGAGUUACGGCCAGAGUGGUCAGGGUUACGGCUCAACGGGACAAGGCUACAACCAGGCCAACGGCUCUUCUGGCUUCAGCAGCCAAGUUGACCAGUCAUUUGGCAACACCACCUCGGCCAAUGACUACUCCUUGAAGAACACAUCCGGAGCUGCCAACGGCGGUUUAACUGACGGCAACGUUCGUUCCGGCCACACCACGCUUGGCAUGAGCAACCCAGUCCUGAGCGGCAGUGCUUAG